AGUGUGGGAGGGCUUGUGGGGAAAGGCAAUGAACUCAGGCACGCUGCAGCAUUAUACUCAAACAUUACAGGAAAAGUAUGCAAACCAGCUGACUGGGAAUAAUAUUACACCACAGGAUAAAUCAGUGUGUUUGGUCUAAAUAAGUCUCUGCUGAGAUGAACAACACAACAUAAGAAACAACACAACACAAAGGACGAUGGCCAGUAUCUGUAAGAACAGACAGGGAACUAUCUGUUAUUUCAUCAUCAUUUGUUUGUCUAUGAUCACUUUAGUCUACAUGCUAUGCAGUCUGGAUGUCUGGCAGGCUCAGAAUAGAGUUGACUACAUCACCACUACCUCAAGAGAUAACACUAAAUCUAAAAUGACACAGAGUUUCUGCAGCUUCCAACCACUGUCUCCUGAAGACGCCCUGGAAACACAGCUCCUGUUGGAUUCCACUGCUUGGCCUAAAGACCCUCCAUUGUCAGUUCCAAUACCAGUGGAUCAAAUCAGCAGUGCUGCUAAAAGCACCUUUACAAUACUCCAAGGCACGGGGCGAGGACAGUGGCAUGUGGGAGAUCAACUGAAAGUUCUAAUCACAAUGUAUGACCUCCGUGGCCGUCCAAAGAAAUUUGGAGGAGAUUUCAUUAUCGCCCGGCUUCACAGCCCAGCACUUGGUGCAGGUGUGGCUGGACAGGUGGUGGAUCAUCUCAACGGCAGCUAUUCUGCUGUAUUUUAUUUACUUUGGGAAGGAACCGUGCAAGUUGAGGUGACACUGGUUCACUCUAGUGAGGCGAUCGCGGUACUUCGCAACCUGACCAACAAGCAGCCAGACAGGAUUUACUUCCAGAGCUACUUUCGUUCAGGCUCUGUCUCUGAGAAAACCAUGUGUAACGUCUGCCUGAACAUGACCCAGCCAGUGUGCAACUACACCGACCUCCACACUGGUGACCCUUGGUUCUGUUACAAACCAAAGAAGCUGAGCUGCCAUGCCAGGAUCAGCCACUCCAAGGGAGGAUUCAAAGAAAACCUCAAAGACUGGGAGAGGAAGCUUUUUGAUAAGUCUGUCAUAAAAGUCGCUAUUCAGGCUUCAACAUAUCCCAAUGUUACUGUGCUGCCUAGCAAGUCAGGUCAAGCUGAAAUGCAGAAGAGCAGCGUGAACUCUGAACCCUCUGGCUACUACUAUCAGGGUGUGUGGCGAGCACUGGGCUCCACAGUUCUCCAGUUUAACACCUCUUCGGCUAUGAGUGAGUGCCUGAAGGAGAAGGUGGUCCACCUGUACGGAGACUCCACCAUCAGGCAGUGGUUCGAACACCUCAUCGCAGCAAUGCCAGAUCUCAAGGAUUUUAACCUGCACAACUCUAAGCAAAAUGGACCGUUCAUGGCCUUCGACUUUGCAAACAACAUCAUGGUAACAUACCGUUGCCACGGCCCUCCUCUGCGUUUUAUGGACGUCCCAACCGGUGACCUGCGCUACAUUGCUAAUGAACUGGAUGGCCUUAAAGGAGGCGCCGGUACCACUGUAGUCCUUAGCAUCUGGUCUCACUUCAGCACUUUCCCCAUUGAACUCUACAUUCAGCGGCUGCGGGGAAUUCGCAAGGCCGUGCUGCGCCUGCUGGACCGAUCCCCAGGCACACUGGUCAUUGUCCGCACCGCAAACCUCAAGGCACUGACGCUCUUUGAGACGCUGACGAACAGCGAUUGGUACUCACUGCAGCGUGACAAGGUGCUGAGGGCUAUGUUUAGGGGACUUAAAGUGCACCUGGUGGAUGCCUGGGAGAUGAGCCUGGCUCACCAUUUACCUCACAGCCUCCACCCACAGCCCCCCAUUAUCAAAAACAUGAUCAACGUCCUCCUGUCAUACAUAUGCCCUCCAAAAGGUGGCUAGAUGUGAUUGGGGGCCAAAUCAAACGCACCCGCUGUGUUAACGAGUUCUCUCUUUGCUUUUUUUCUACCUCUUGCUGUGUUUCUUUCAGUUAACCUGGAACAUACACAACCUAUGUUGUACCUAUGUAACAGUUUAUGUGAACAAUGGUCUGAAGUGGGAUAUUUGGGUUGGGUACAUUUUUAUAUUGGUUAUCUUUUUUCUUUUUCUUACUUAGUUACAUAUUAAUGUUUGUUUCAGUGCAGAUGUUGGUUGUUUACAAAAAAGGGUUUUAUCCAUAAAUCAUAGUUUAUACAUUCAUACAAACAUUACUGUCAUUUUGAGACAUAUGCUGUAUAACUGACAAUAAACACAGACAGAGGAAGGUAAAAAAGACAACAAAUGACACUCACCAUACAAACGUUAAAAUAAUACACAAGUUGAUACAUGCAUUGCUCAAUAAACUUGGUUAAAAUAACUCAUUUAACAAUUGAAAAAUAUUCACAUUCACCUUUAUUGAUUUAUUAUUAUUUAUUUGAUUUGUGAAGAGUGGUUGCAACCAAUUACCACACUCCGGUAUACAGUAUAAGCUACAGUAAACAGCCAGAGCUCUGCCUUUUGCCGGCAGCUGCCACAAGAGGAGGGCAACAAACAAUUUAACCAUGGUAAAUAAAAUUUAUACCUUUAUGAAGCAACAUACAG